UCAUUCUGAAAAACAGUCGUCCAUUCGUUUCGAGUGCGAUUGGUGAUUUGUUCACACGUAAGUAAAGACUUGCUUAAAACAUUUGUUGCAGCUUGCCCCAAGAUGGGGUUUUACGAGCAAUGCUUUUGACUGUAGUUUAACGUUUUUCCCUCUAGCCAGCAAACGUUUUUAAAUCUUAAUCGUCUACUGACUGUCAACAAUCGCUGGCACGUUAGCUUGGCUAGCGAAUAUUAGCUGUUGCACACGGACAGGUAAAGUUAGAGGUAUAUUUGUUUUACUAGCUAGCAAGCACUUUUACAGUACAUAACAAGGAAGAUGGGUUCGUCGAAGAAACACAAGGAAAAGGGCCGUGAUAAGGAGAAGGAUGCCGAAGAGCGUGGUCACCGCGAACACAAAAAACACCGUCACAAGGACCGGGAGAGGGACAAGGAACGAGAUGGCAACCGAGAGCGGGAGAAAAGGAAACGGUCCAGAUCGAAGGAAAGGAGUGGACGGGGUUCCGAGAGAGAAGGUCGCAGUAAAGGGGAGAGGAGUACUGGGGAGCCUCGCGUAAAGAAAGAAAAAGUGGAGUCUGGAUAUGAGGAGAACACAGGUAAAUACAUCAGUCAGCCACAUAUCCACAUACACAAACAUUCAUAGGUACAUCCAAUCAGUGCGCAAUACACUCAAAUAUAGUCUGACCUAUUGCAUAUAUGACAUCGAAGAUGCAAGGUUUUCUCCUGUGUUUUUCACUUCAAUUGUUAUUUUCCUCUAGAAAUUGCACCACAGUCUGCAAGUGGAGAUGCCUCGCUUACCAUUGAAGAAACAAAGUAAGUGACAGACACAGACAUUGAAUGAUGGAGCACUGAUGAUGGUCAAUUCUGAAUAACUCUCUUCCCUGGUUUUCUUUCUUUCUAACAGCAAGCUGAGGGCCAAGCUUGGUCUGAAGCCUCUGGAAAUGACUGAUACCACUAAAGGUGAGGUAAACUUGAGCCAUGUCAAGUCUCUGACUAGAACUAGAUGACCAUGUCUAUAGUAGUGAGGUCAUGUGAGACUUGCUGAUUGUAAUUUUACUGACUCACCCCUCCCUGUCUGUUGCCCCAGAGCUCGGCACGAAGGAGCAGCCAAUGGUUGCAGAGACUAUCAACCCAGUGUACAUUAAACAGCAGAAAGAGAUGAGGGAGAAACUGGCAGCUCUGAAGGAAAAGAGGCUCCUCAAUAAGAAACUGGGGUAAGGUCUAACGACAGGAAGGCUGUACGUACUACAUCUUGGACUAUUGUGGUUAGUGAUCCAAUUCAUUUUAUUUUUCUCUUCCUCUCCUGCUGUGGUUUUCAGGAAAGUGAAGACCUUAGCAGAAGAAGACUGGCUGGACGACACUGUUGCCUGGGUUGAGAGGAGCCGGAAGAUGGCCAAAGAGAAAGAACUGGCAGAGAAGAGAGUGAGUAGGGAGGGAACCAUGGGGGAAGGAGGAGGGCUGUGAGAGGAAGGGAGGUGUUUGUGUGUAUAAGUUAUGUUGUUAUUUUGUACUCAGUUUUUGAUUGGUUCCUUUAUUUCCUUUCUUUCCCUAUAGGCCAAACUUCUGCAGGAGAUGGAUGAGGAGUUUGGUGUGAGCAAUCUGGUGGAGGAGGAGUUUGGACAGGCCAAGAAGGUAAAAUCUUCUCUCGUGUGUUGAAUAUCUCAACUGCUCAAUUUAGGAUUGUCUUCUGGUUUGUGUGUGAUUGCAGGCUAGAUAUAAACCGCAUUCAGGCAAUCUGCCAGUACGCCCCCCAAUCCCCCCCUCCCCUCCAUGGAGUUUGAGACCUGUGACACCACUGCCCCUAAGGGAGGCACUUUAUGUCUUGAUUCUGUGCAGACUGAGUCGUCAAGCGAUCUGACGUGAGAGAAUGCCUCUAGGUCUUAUGUUCUUCUGCUUGUCUUUGUUAUAGGCCGCGUACAGUUCUCGGGACCUAAAGGGUCUCACUGUGCAGCACAAGAUGGAGUCAUUUAAUGAAGGGGAGACUGUCAUUCUCACACUGGAAGACAAAGGUGAUAGCAGGUUGAAAUGUUACCAAUAACAGAGAAAUAUAUUAAUGAAGACCAUUCUUAAAACAGACCCACAUCAUAAACAGUGGUACAUGCCCACCCACACAUUGCCCUUUUGUGUCUCUUUCAGGUGUGCUUGAUGAAGAGGGGAGCGAUGUUCUUGUAAAUGUGGGUCUAGUGGACAAAGAAAAGGCUGAGAAAAAUGUGGAGUUGAAGAAGAAAAAGCCUGAUUACAAAGCCUACGAAGAGGAUGAGAGUGUGGAUGACAUGGUUACGGUAAGGGCGAGAGUGUGGAUGACAUGGUAACGGUAUGGACGAGAGUGUGGAUUAAAUGGUUACGGUAAGAAAGGAAAAGUGUCCAAACUUAGUUUGUCGUCAUUUCUGAAAUACUGUCAUGUCUUUCUCACUGCUUAAUUCAAUCUCACUGUCCAUUGUCCACCUCUGCAGUUCAAGCCGCGCACUGUGCUGGGCAAGUAUGAUGAGGAGAUUGAUGGAGAGAAGAAGAAGAGUUUCCAGCUGAGCAAAGGGGGCUGUGCCGAGGGGGAACGGGAACGGGAGCUCCAGGCCAUCAGGGAGACCCUGAGGAACCAGGCCCAGUCCCUGGAGAUGCCUGCUCUCGCUAUUGCCUCAGAGUACUACACACCCCAGGAGAUGGUGAGGACUGAGGAGGUGCUCUGAAGAGGGCAUUGGAGGCUGUCUUUUGGAUAUGUUUGCUCUUGUCUCAGAUUUAAUGUGUGAAUGGGUUUUCUUUUGAAUGUUAAGUCUGUGUGUGUGUAUGUGUGUGUGUGUGUGUGUGUGUGUUUUGGAGAAUUGUUAACACACUAGGAGUUAUCAUUAAUUGUUGUCAUUAUUCACAGACAGGUUCUUACUUUUUGUUGUUAUUACAGGUGGGCUUUAAGAAGACCAAGCAGCGCAUCAGGAAGAUCAGGAAGAAGGAGAAGGCAUUGCCUGAUGAUCUCCAAUUAGAUGACACACGCAACACCGACUUUGGCUCCAGGUUCUGCUCGCCUCAGCUUCGCUUCAAUCUGAAUGAUUAGCCUUUUUUUUUUAGCUUUAGUCUGAGACUUUCUUUGUCUCUCUCCAUCAGGGCUCGGGGUCGGGGUCGCAAGCAGUUGGCUGAGGAGGGCCAGGAAGAGGUGAAGGAGCGUGUCAUCAUACCGGGACUAGAUGUACCCCAACAGUCAGAUGACAUCAGGAUGGCGGACAUGGACAUCAGUGAUGAUGGUGAGGGAGACAUCUGUUAGUGGUUUAGUGAUGAGCUAAAUAAAUGAAUGGUUCACUCAUGCCUGUUUUUCUUCAAUAUUAUGACAACACUUACACUUUAUUCUUCCUUCAGAGGACUUCACCCCCCCUGAGCCGGCUGUGCUGGAGGAGGACGAGGCAGAGCAGGAGCUGCAGAAGCAGCUGGAGAAACAGCGAAAGCUCAAACAGAAACAGCUGCUCAAAAACUCUGAGGAAAAGGUGUGGGCUCUACGAUGCUAGAAUAUCACUGUGGCCAAAGAUCCUAUCCAGUGCAUUGAUCUCUCCUUUGACAACGGAAAACAGCAAGAUUGAGUGGAUUACUAUAGAAUCUGUUGUGAUAUUUAAUCACCAAUAAAUGUUUAAACAUUGUUCUCAUUGUCCUGCCCCUCAGGUGGCAGAGCAGGUCCGAGGGCUUGCAAGAGGGGACGACAGUGACGAUGAAGACGACAACAACAAGCUGAACAUUGUGUUCAACGCCACCUCUGAGUUCUGCAGAACUCUGGGUGACAUCCCCACCUACGGCCUGUCAGGAAACAGAGAGGACCAGGAGGACAUCAUGGUGGGUACAGUGCAAGAGACAGGCUAUCGCUAACUGUUUAUUUAAAAAAUAUAUAUACAUCAUUAGAAUUGGCACAUGACCACCUCAUAAACAAGGAAGCGAUUCCAAUUGUAUUCUAGUGUGCUCAGUAGAGAGAAUUGAAAUAUCCAUGAGCUCUGUGUGUUUGCACUUGAACACUUGGUUUGAGUCUCUUGUAUCAACUGUAUUCUACUGUUCUAGGAUUUCGAGCAGGAGGCGGAGAGAGAUGGCGCUGGAGGUUCAGACUCUGACGGGGAUGAGAAUGUUGGCUGGAGCAUCGUCAACGUGGAUGAGGAACAGAAGCAGCCUGAUGUGAGUCAUCCUCCUGCCUUGUAGUCUCAUCCAUAUUCCCAUGCAUUUAGCAGUAGUGCUGAUUUUGGAGUCCCCUAGUGGGUAAUAUAGAGAAUAACAUACCAUGACCCAUAAGAAUACGCAAGGCUUUUUCCCCCCUGAACUACUGAAGUGAAAAUGUGUCCGCUGGAUGUGCUUGACUUGCCUCUUGCUUCUAUCUCCUAGUUCGCCACAGCCUCGACCACCAUCCUGGAUGAAGAACCCAUUGUCAACUCUGGGCUGGCUGCUGCCUUGGCACUCUGCAAGAAUAAGGGUAAGAGAUUGGGGGUGGACAGCCCCACUUUGACAGUAUUUGUUUAGAAAAGGACUGUCAUGUUUUUGAUAUAUUCUUCUUGUCUCCCUCGUUUCCAUAGUUUCUUUCAUGCUCUCAUACUCUCCUUGUCUCCCUUAGGUCUCUUGGACACUCAAAUGCAGAAGAUAUCCCGUGUCCGUGCUCCUACCGGUGCCCUGCCCAAUGAUAACUACAGCAUUGAGGACAAGAUGUGAGCUACCUGUACUUUGUGUGCUUAUAUGCUGGUUAAAUAAUCACCACUUUCUCACAGACAUUGCAGAAGUUACAACAUAAAUAAAAUGGCAUGUAUUUAGUAAUUUACUGUUUUUUUUAGCUCAAUGCCAGGGUUGUGUAUGUAACAUGUAAUCCUAAGUGUAAUGUAUGAAAACCUGUUAGCCUCUCCAUCGUUAACCGUCUAUCCUUGUUUCUCCAACUCUAGGACUAUAGAUGACAAGUACAGUCGGAGGGAGGAAUAUAGAGGCUUCACCCAGGACUUCAAGGAGAAGGACGCCUACAAGCCAGAUGUCAAGAUUGAGUAUGUGGAUGAAUCUGGACGGAAGCUCACUCCUAAAGAGGUACAUUGUUAUUUAAUCUUCCCUUAAAAUCAUUGACAUGCAGAAUGAUGAUUGUGAAUGUGUCAACUGCUGUUUUUAGUGUAGGUAAAUGGUGCUCAUUGAGAAUAUUGACACUAAUCCUAUUCUUUCUCUAGGCUUUCCGGCAGCUCUCACAUCGGUUCCAUGGGAAGGGGUCUGGCAAGAUGAAGACUGAGAGGAGGAUGAAAAAGCUGGAAGAGGAAGCGGUAUGUCUAACUUCGCUCACUCAAAUAUUAUUUUACGUUGUUUGUUUUGUACUCAAAUCUAAAUAACUUUUUUUUUUUUUUUUUAUUCAAAUCUUGGAUUAUCUGAUACUUUCCAUCACAUAUGGCUUUCAAUUGAAUAACAUUUAUUUUCAGGCCUUACUAGAAAAUUCAUGUUGCAGGGCUUGCCCAAUUUGAGUUCUUGAGGAUAUGACCUAGCAAGCCUCUAGUCUAGUCAGUGGUUUCACCGAGUGUGUAUUUAAAUACCUCUCCCCCCCCCACCUGUGUCUCUUUAUCAGCUGUUAAAGAAGAUGAGCAGUAGUGAUACCCCUCUAGGAACGGUUGCUUUGCUUCAGGAGAAACAGAAGUCACAGAAAACCCCCUACAUCGUUCUGAGUGGGAGUGGGAAGAGCAUGAAUGCGUGAGUAUUUUACAAACCUCUUAUUUUUCCUUUCUUUCACCCUGUCUUGUAUGUAUUUCUAGUCUAAUUACAGUGACACUUUUUUUGAUUGAUUAGACCCGGGAUGGGCAACUGGCGGACCUCUUUUUGUAGCCCCCCUUUUUGUAGUUACUCAGUCGGGGUCUCAACUUACUGUUGAGAAUAAGAAUAGUAGAAUACACAAGGUGAAAUUUCGAGAUUAUUUGUGCAUCAGCAGUUUUUCCUCUUAUGUCGGUCACUGACAUACUCAAUUUGCCCGUGUCUGCAAAAAAAAAUUUAAAUUGGUAAAUUAGUCUAGCGGCCAGUUAUCUAAACUUGUAGGACUCAUGGUUGAAUUACCGACCGGGGGGCCCCCAUUGAUUCUGUUAGUCUCACCCCACUCAGAUAUGAUAUUAAAAACUGCAAACCUUUCUCUCCCCGCCCAUGGCAAAAUGUGUGAAAUUGCAGGAAAUUAACUCUAAAAUGCCAAUUCUUACAACAAAAUGUCACUUGGGGCCCCCAAAAGGCUGGCUGACUGCAUGUGUGGGUGUGGAUGUGGAUAUGCAGACCCGCGAGCCACUGCGGCCCCUCAUUUGCAUUUUACAUUUUAGUCAUUUAGCAGAUGCUCUUAUCCAGAGCGAUUUACAGUUAGUGAAUGCAUACAUGUUUUUGUUUUUCAAACUGCCCCCCCGUGGGAAACAAACCCACAUCCCUGCUGGCCAAACCCUCCCCUACCUUGGACGACUUGUGCGCCGCUCAUGAGUUCUGAUUGGGUUAAAUGUAUCCCCCUUUUCUUUUUUUUUGUGUGGCCCCACCCCAUCAGUUUCCAAUCUGUGGAUUACACAGAGCAAGGUUGCAAGUAACAGCUCAGAAUAUUUCAUUUCAAUGUUUAAUUUUAAGGAGAAUGUGAACUGCAUAGAGUAUGUACCUAGUUAUUCUUCACACUACUGUCUGUUUCCCUCUUAAUGUUUUGUCUGUAAUCCUCCUCUUUCCCCAGAAACAACAUCACCAAAUAGAUGUGGUUGAGAAGAGGGAUCUAACCAGUGCCGUGCACCAUUACACAGACACUCAUACAAACACAGACACAAACUGAUGUUUUAAGUUUAUUUUCCUUAUUGAAUAAAAUCAAGUAGCUACCUAUUACUGUUGUGUGUGUGUAAAGAAAGUAGUUGUUGCUUUUGACCCUGGAUUUAUGUCUACAAUGAUUAUCAUUUACAUACAUUAAAGAUUUGACAUGA